UUUUUACAAACACUGCGCAAAUUCUUGCUCAUCAGAGGGAGCACUAUAGGAAAUGUUUUUUUUUUUUUUAAAUCAGAAUAUGUAUGGCACAAGAGGGGAAAGUGUGUUUCUACCAGGCCGACAAGGUUUUAAUUGGACCUCUGCAGUCUGACGCACAAGAGCAGCAAGGCAGCAGCACCAGCCAGCAGCAGCAGCAGCCAGCAGCAGCAGCAGCCAGCAGCAGCAGCAGCAGCAGCGGCGGCAGCGCCGGCAAGCGACACAAGCAACCGCAGCAGCCAGGACGCUCGUUUCUCUCUCGGGGAGGGUGCGUGUGUGCGUGCGUGGGCCGCCCCAGAGCAACAUGUUUCCCGCGUGGGGACGCGGAAAGAAGCGCUACGGGGGCUCGACGGUGACGGUGACGGCGGUGGCGGUCCGGGAGCGGCGCCGGACCAUGGCUGCGUCUGCACGGGUCAGGGAGGUGUGGGUCUCCUGUUGGAUUCUGCUCUCGGCGACGUGCUUCUGCGCCCGCGCUCAAGUAGAUGACGUGCCGCCUUAUUUCAAGAUGGAGCCCCCUCAGAUCCAGGUUCACCUGGAGGGCAACCGCCUCGUCCUCACCUGCAUGGCGGAGGGAAGCUGGCCUCUGGAGUUCAAGUGGAUCUACAACGGCAGCGAGCUCACGCGCUUUUCCUUGGAAUACAGGUAUCUCAUCCCCUCGCUGGACCGGUCCCACGCCGGCCACUACCGCUGCAUCGUGCGCAAUCGAGUCGGGGCCAUCAUGCAGUGCAGCACGGAAGUGAAGGUCGCCUACAUGAGCGGCUUCGUGGAGGGCGAGCGCUCGCAGAGGGUGUCGCAGGGCGACGGCGCCCUCAUCCGCGCGCCGGGCAUCCACAGCUUCCCCAAGCCGCAGAUCACGUGGUUCCGCGACGGACGCAAGAUCCCCUCCAGCGGACGCAUCGCCAUCACCCUGGACAACACCCUGGUCAUCCUGUCCACCGUGGCGCCCGACGCCGGCCGCUACUACGCGCAGGCCGUCAACGACAAAAACGGCGAGAACAAAACCAGCCAGCCGGUCACGCUCGCCGUGGAGAACGUGGGAGGACCGGCGGACCCCGUGGCCCCCUCCAUCAUCGUCCCCCCGAAGAACACCAGCGUGACCGUCGGACGGAACGAGGCCAUCUUGGAGUGCGUCGCCAACGCCAGGCCGCUGGUCAAGAUGAGCAUCGCGUGGAGGAAAGACGGCGCGGCCGUCCGCGCCGGGAUCCGAGACUUCGGCCGCCGACUGGUCAUCAGUCAGCCGACGCUCGCCGACGGCGGCUACUACGAGUGCGAGGCGGCACUCCGCGGCAGCGCCGUGCCGCCGGUCACGGCCGGCGCCUUCCUGCACGUGCUCGAAUACCCGCUGUUUGUGAAAGAGCCGCCCAUCCACAUCACCGCCGAGAUGGAGAAGGUGGUGGACAUCCCGUGUCAGGCUCGAGGGACGCCCCAGCCAGACAUCGUGUGGUACAAGGACGCGGCGGCCAUCAGCACGGUGAAGAUCCCGAGGUACAAGAUCGUGGCGGGAGGCAGCCUGCAGAUCAACGGCCUCCUGCCCGACGACACGGGAAUGUUCCAGUGCUUCGCCCGCAAUCUGGCCGGAGAGAUCCAGACCAACACCUACCUGGCCGUCACCAGCAUCGCCCCCAACAUCACCGCCGGCCCCGCUGACAGUGCCGUGAUUGACAGCAUGUCAGUCAUCCUGCACUGCGAGACGUCUGGAGCGCCGCGGCCAGCCAUCACCUGGCAGAAAGGCGAGCGCGUCCUGGCCAGCGGCUCGGUUCAGCUGCCCAGGUUCACCCUGCUGGAAUCGGGCAGCCUGCUCAUCAGCCCGUCCCACCUGUCGGACGCGGGGACGUACACCUGCAUGGCCAGCAACUCCAGGGGCAUCGACGAAGCCUCCGCCGACCUGGUGGUGUGGGCGCGCACCCGCAUCAGCAAGCCGCCGCAGGACCAGAGCGUCAUCAAGGGCACCAAAGCGGUCAUGGCCUGCGGCGUGACCCACGACCCCAGCGUCGGCAUCAGCUACGUGUGGGAGAAAAGCGGCUCGGCGCUGGACGUGAACGCGUCGCCCCGCCUGCGACUGGACGCCGAGGGCACCCUGCACAUCUCCCAGACGUGGUCCGGCGACAUCGGCACGUACACCUGCCGCGUCACCUCCGUGGGCGGCAACGACUCUCGCAGCGCCCACCUCCGAGUCAGGCAACUCCCUCACGCGCCCGAGAACCCCGUGGCGACGCUGAGCAGGACGGAGAAGCGCGCCAUCAACCUGACGUGGGCGCAGGCCUUCGACGGCAACAGCCCGCUCAUCCGCUACAUCCUGGAAGUGUCCGAGAACAACGCUCCGUGGACGGUGCUCCUUGCCAACAUCGAGCCGGAGUCCAACGGGGUGGCGGUGGGCGGCCUCAUCCCGGCGCGCUCCUACCAGUUCCGCCUGUGCGCCGUCAACGACGUCGGCCGAGGGCAGUUCAGCAAAGAGAGCGAGCGCCUAACGCUUCCCGAGGAGCCCCCCAGCGCGGCCCCCCAGACGGUGAUGGCCAGCGGCCGCACCAACCAGUCCAUUAUGAUCCAAUGGCAGCCGCCCCCCGAGAGCCACCAGAACGGCCCCCUCCAGGGUUACGUCAUCAGGUACUGUUUGUCCGGGCUUCCGGUGGACUGUCAGAUCCGCAACAUCACCAGCCCGGAUCAGAGCAGCCUGCUGCUGGAGGACCUCAUCAUAUGGACCAACUACGAGAUCGAGGUGGCCGCCUACAACGGGGCCGGCAGGGGCGUCUACAGCCACAAGGUGACCGAGUGGACCCUGCAAGGAGUGCCCACGGUGCCGCCGGGAAACGUCCAAGCCGAGCCGGUCAACUCCACCGCCGUGCGCUUCACCUGGAGCGCCCCCAGCCCGCAGUUCAUCAACGGAAUCAACCAGGGCUACAAGCUGCUGGCGUGGGAGCCCGGGCGGGCCGGCGAGGUCGCCGUGGUGACGGCGCGGCCCAACUUCCAGGACAGCGUCCACGUGGGCUACAUCUCGGGCCUGAAGAAGUUCACCGAGUACUACGCGUCGGUGCUGUGCUUCACCACGCCGGGCGACGGCCCGCGCAGCCCCCCUCAGCGACUGCGCACCCACGAGGACACCCCCGGUGCCGUGGGACACCUCAGCUUCACCGACAUUUUGGACACCUCCCUAAAAGUCAGCUGGAAGGAGCCUCGGGAGAAAAACGGUCUUCUCACCGGCUAUCGCAUCUCGUGGGAGGAGUUCAACCGCACCAACACGCGGGUGACGCACUACUUGCCCAACCUGACGCAGGAGUACAAGGUGACGGGCCUGACGGCGCUCACCACCUACACCAUCCAGGUGGCGGCCAUGACCGCCAAGGGACAAGGCCAGCUGUCCGCCUCCACCAUCUCCUCGGGCGUCCCGCCAGAGCUGCCCGGCCCCCCGACCAACUUGGCCAUCUCCAACGUGGGCGCUCGCUCCAUCAGCCUGCAGUUCAAGCCCGGCUACGACGGCAAGACGUCCAUUUCCCGCUGGCAGGUGGAAGCGCAGAUCGGCAUCAUCGGGGAGAACGAGGAUUGGCUGAUGGUUCACGAGCUGGCGAACGAGCCCGACGCCCGAGCAAUGGAGGUCCUGGAAUUGAACCCUUACACAUUCUACAGGUUUCGAAUGCGGCAGGUGAACAUCGUGGGCACCAGCCCCCCCAGUCAACCUUCUCGAAAAAUCCAGACCCUUCAGGCCCCUCCGGACGUCCCCCCCGCCAACGUCACCCUCCGCACGGCCAGCGAGACCAGCCUGUGGCUCCGCUGGGUGCCGCUUCCUGAGUGGGAGUACAACGGAAAUCCCGAUCUGGUCGGCUACCGCAUCCAGUACUCCAAAUCCGCCUCCAAGGGAGGCGUUCUCUCGCACGUCAUCAUGGACCGGCUGGAGCGGGAGUUCACCAUCGAAGACCUGGAGGAGUGGACCGAGUACGAGGUGCGGCUCCAAGCCGUCAACGGGAUCGGGUCCGGGCCCUGGAGCCAGCCGGUCCACGGGAGAACCAGAGAGUCCGUGCCUUCCUGUGGGCCCACCAACGUGUCAGCCUUUGCCACCACCUCCAGCAGGAUCCUGGUGCGCUGGGGCCAAGUCCCGGAGACGGACCGGAACGGACUCAUCCUGGGAUACAAGGUCAUCUACAAAGAGAAGGACUCGGACUCGGCCCCGAGUUUCUGGGCGGUGGAGGGCAACACGAGCCACAGUGUCCUGCUGACGGGCCUGGGCAAGUACGUCCUCUACGAGAUUCGGGUUCUCGCCUUCACCCGCAUCGGCGACGGGAGGAGCAGUGCGCCGUCCAUCUUGGAAAGGACCCUGGAUGAUGUGCCAGGCCCUCCAGUUGGCAUCCUGUUCCCUGAAGUGAGAACCACCUCCGUCAGGCUCAUCUGGCAACCCCCGUCCCAACCCAACGGCAUCAUCCUGGCCUAUCAGAUCACGCACAGGAGAAACUCGUCCAGCGGCAGCGCCGCCACCGUCGACGUCCUGAGCCCCAGCGCGCGGCAGUACACGGCGACGUCGCUCAAGCCCGAAACGGUGUACGUCUUUCGCCUCAGCGCGCAAACGCGCAAGGGUUGGGGCGAGGCCGCCGAGGCCUUGGUGGUUACGACGGAAAAGCGAGUCCGACCUCAACCCACCGGCCGGCCCGUCGCGCCUCAGCAGGAAGUCCGGGCUCGCCGGGUGCUGCUGUCGUGGGAACCGGGCAGCGACGGCCUCUCUCCGGUCCGCUACUACACGCUGCAGUACCGAGAGCUCCCCGACAGCAACUGGACCAUCCACUCGACGUCGGUCAGCCACGAGAUCAACUCCUACUCGGUGGACAGGUUGAAGCCCUUCACGUCGUACCAGUUCCGCGUGAAGGCCACGAACGACAUCGGCGACAGCGAAUACAGUCAGGAGAGCGAGGCCGUCACCACGCUGCAAGACGCCCCGGACAAGGCCCCCACCAUUCUGUCGGUGACGCCGCACACCACCACGUCGGUGCUGGUCCGCUGGCAGUCUCCCUCUGAGGAUCACAUCAAUGGCGUCCUGCUGGGCUUCAGGGUCCGCUACAGAGAGUUGUACUACGACCGGCUGCGCAGCUUCACGGUGCACCCGGUGAACAGUCCCUCCCCGAGCUGGGCCGACCUCACCGCUCCUUACAGCAUGAGGAACUUGAGCGAAUCCUCCCUCACCCAGUAUGAACUUGACAAUUUGAGUAAACACAAGCGCUACGAGAUCCGACUGAGCGUGUACAACGCGGUUGGGGAGGGUCCGAGCAGCGCGCCGCAGGAGGUCUUUGUGGGCGAGGCAGUCCCGACGGCGCCGCCCCAGAACGUCGUGGUCCAGUCCUCCACCGCCACCCAGCUGGACGUCUCUUGGGACCCCCCGCCGGCCGACGCGCAGAACGGCGACAUUCAGGGUUACAAGAUUUACUUCUGGGAGUUCCAGCUGCAGAACGAGACGGAGCGCCUGCGGACGCUGUUCCUGCCGGAGUUGGGCGUGAAGCUGAAGAACCUGACGGGCUACACCACCUACAUGAUCAGCGUGGCCGCCUUCAACGCGGCGGGCGACGGGCCCCGAUCGCCGCCCGCCAGAGGACGCACUCAGCAAGCAGCCCCCAGCGCUCCCGGCUUCAUCCACUUCGGCGAGCUGACCACCACUUCCGUCAACGUGUCGUGGGGCGAGCCCAAGCGGGCCAACGGCAUCGUGGAGGGCUACCGACUGGUUUACGAGCCGUGCACGCCGGUCGACGGUGUCAGUAAGAUAGUGACAGUGGACGUGAAAGGCAGCGCCCCCCUGUGGAUGAAAAUCAAGGACCUGGCCGACGGCGUGACCUACAACUUCCGCAUCCGCGCCAAAACGCUCACCUACGGGCCCGAGGUGGAGGCCAACAUCACCACGGGGCCCGGAGAAGGAGCGCCGGGCCCUCCGGGAGAGCCCUUCAUUUCUCGCUACGGUUCCGCCCUGACGCUGCACUGGACCAGCGGCGACCAAGGCCGCGCGCCCAUCACGCGAUACGUCAUCGAAGCGAGGCCGUCUGAUGAGGGCUUGUGGGACAUCUUCAUCAAAGACAUCCCCAAAGAGGUCACGUCCUACACGCUCAACCUGGACAUGCUGCGCGAGGGCGUCACGUACGACUUCCGCGUCAUCGCCGUCAACGACUACGGCUACGGCUCGCCCAGCCUGCCCUCGCCUUCCAUAUCAGCCCAGAAAGUGUCGCCGUUCUACGAAGAGUGGUGGUUCCUGGUGGUCAUCGCGCUGGUGGGCCUCAUCUUCAUCUUGCUGCUGAUUUUUGUCCUCAUCAUCCGCGGACAGAGUAAAAAAUACACCAAAAAGACUGAUUCAGGCAACCACUCCAACUGCACGGCGCUGCCGCUGACCCACGGCGAGAUGGUGCGCCUGGACGAGGGACGCUUCCCCUCGCUGGAGCUCAACAACAGGCGCCUCUCGGUGAAGAACUCCUUUUGUCGCAAGAACGGCAUCUACACACGGUCGCCGCCUCGGCCCAGUCCCGGAAGUCUGCACUACUCCGACGAGGACGUGAGCACCAAAUACAACGACUUAAUUCCGGCGGAGAGCAGCAGCCUGACGGAGAAGCCCUCCGAGAUCUCAGAUUCUCAGGGCAGCGACAGCGAGUACGAGAUGGACCAGAGCCGUCAGAAAACGCACUCCUUCGUCAGCCACUACAUCAGCGACCCCACCUACUACAACUCGUGGCGGCGGCAGCCCAAGGGGGUCUCCCGGCCGCCGGCGUACGGCUACGCGCAGCCCGAGCCCCUCGCGGAGCAGGAGUCUCGACCGCACCCGCCCCCCGUUCCCCCGCUGCCCCCUCUGCCGCCGCUGGUCCCGCAGAACGCGCCGUCCCCGCAGCCCCAAGCUCAGGGCCAGGGCGCCCCGUUCAGGCCCAAAGGAAGCCGGACCCACCCCGUCCCUGCUGUCGUCGGAACCCCCCGGCCAGCACGGCGCCCUCUACCGGCCCCCCAGCAGCCUGGGCUGCGCCGCCGCUCCGCCGCCCGCCGCGGGCUUCUCCUCCUUUGUUUGACGCGCUGGUUCAAAUCGACGCCCCCCCCCCCCCCCCCUCGACGACUUUCUUGUUGUUUUCAAUAUUCCGCAACCGCGGCGUCCUCCUCCUCUUCCUCCGCCGAGUGUGCGCGCGUUCAUCGAUGUGACGUUUAUUUAAUGAAAAAGACAAUCAUUUCCAGGGUUUAUUUGUCACGCCAGUCGAACGCUCUGUUAUUGUUUCACAUGAGAGCUUUACAGGUGAGGCCACGCGCUCGAAUGGAUGUCCAAAAAAAAAACAAAAACAACAACAACAAAUGACUGAAAAACAAAGACUGAAACAGAAGCAGCGACGGCGACUGCGGCUCGCUCGACUGCCUUCUCCUUUCCCUCACCCGGCCUGAUCGUUGUGUUUCCGAUAUGUACUCGUCUCAUAUUGUUUCCCGGCUAUUUAUAUGAAUACGCUUCAAGCUGACUAGUCCCGUUCAAGCUCCGUGGCACCUUUUGCAGGGGGGCGGGGGGUGGGGGGGUGAUGUGUCGAUUGGUGUGCUGCUGCAGUAGAUAGCUGUACGAUAUACUUUUUUUUUUUUUGAAUGAAAUAUGCGUCUUUUUUUGCUGUGAACUUGACCGAAAGAGCAAAAGCACAAGUGACGGCGGAUCGGACGAUGUUGCAAAAUUGCGGCUGCUGUUGUCGGAGGACUGCUGGGAAAAUUUAGUACGAUGUGGUACAAAAACGUUGGAUGGAGGAAAAAAAAAAAAAAAAAUCACUGCGCCUGGACUACUCGAAACGGCAUGCUGCAUAAAAUACAAACGUAAAGGGCAGCAUGCUGACUUGGUGGCUCGCAUGUCCGCCUCGCAUUUCUCAUGUCUGAGGUUCCAAUCUCGGCCCUCCCUGAUCGGAACUUUGCAUCCUUCAGGCCGCUUCUCGCCCAUAGUCAAGUGGAAUUCAAAACCCUACAAAUUUGCUAUAAAAAUGCUUUUUUUGCCCCCUCAAAUGGUGAACGCAUAUACAAUUUGAAAUGCAGUAUGGAAGUAAAUGUGUGCCACCAGGAUUUAAAUUUGAAAUAUAAAGUGAUCAUUUUCAAUAGCUGCUGCAAUUCGCUGUGUAAAAUUCGCUGUCUAAAAUUCACCGUCUGUGCCAGCAGGCAGAACAGCCAGCCAAUCACAGUUACGCUUUAUUAGUCACGUGACGUCACAUACUAAGAAAGCGUGACUUGAUUGGCUGGCUGAUCGGUUCUGACCUGAAGUAACCCUGCCUGGUGGCACGGACGGUGAAUUUGAGACAGCGAAUUGUAGCCGGUUGAAUUGUCAACAUUGAAAAGUUACACUGAAAUACAACAAUUGAAAAUGUGAUCACUUUACAUUUCAAAUUCAAAUCCUGUUUUAUGUGGCAUUUCAAUUUGAAAUCCUGUGGCAAUCAUCUACUUCCAUACGCAGAGCCUCAUUUUGCAAAAAAAAAAUAGUUCCAUGAAAAAGAAAAAAAACAACACAAUUGGAUACUGUUCAAGGUGCAUCUGCAAUUCAUUACAGCGUUAUUACUAGAACUACUCUUGUUCAUCGUAAAGCAAUUAUGGAUUUACAUAAUCCCUCCGAAUGUCCCGAACUCCUGUUUCCAUGCUAGUGUUGACAUCCUGAGGCUGCAUUAUCAGCGGCGCCUCCGCUCGUUGCAACCAAGUAGCGCGCUCAAUCGUCGGGUCUCAGCGAUGGAUGAAACUGUCAUGGCCGCCCCUUGAUGAAAAGAUUGCACGUGCGGUUAGUAAAGCUGUUUCGGAACCAGAAAAAGAUGGUUUCAUCGGACGUUAAGGGAGGGUUUUUUUUUUCCAUUUGUACAAAAUUAACUACAUUCCUACGAGAACUGGCGAGGCAGAUUAUAUCAUGUGUUCGUAAAAAUAAGGUUACGAAAAAAAAGAAAAGAUGUUCAUGUAUGCUUCCGCAUUUUCUACAUCGCAUCACGAGGACUCGGCAGUCCCGCUGUACAGUUGUAAGAUUUUCCUCCUCGUGUAAUCUGCAAAAGUCAUUCUGAUGUGAACGCCACCGCUGUAUACGUCGCCAGACAUUACGGAUCGAUUGUGACAGCCCCCGUGAAAAUAAAUUAUUUUAUUUUU